AACGCAGCGUUCGUGCAGCCACAGGCUGCGAUGCACUUCAAAGUGACGACGCGUCCUGCGGGCAGCGGCGGAUGGAAGACUUGUCCUUUCAGUCUAUUUUCAUGUUAGCUUUUUAUUUUAAAGCGCCCGAAGACGCAUUAUAACUGGUUUAAUUUUUGGGGAUCUUACGCCAUCUUCUUCUUCUAAAAAAAACAAUAAAGGCGAACUUGUUUCCUCGCUACUGAGACAUUUUUUUUAAUCAUUAUUUAACGCCGAUUAACGUUACAACUUGAGGUGUGUUUCUGGAGUCAAAGGUAUGGACACGCAUGCGGUGCAGCAGAGGGACCUCCUGUCUGCAGCGGGGUAGCUGGCCAUGCCUAGCUAGGUGUCUCAUCCCUUCCACCUGAACUCCUGGUGACCUUCGUCUCACAAACGGGACCAUGGGGGGAAAGACGCGCGCAGUCCUUCCACAUGACGUGCCACGUGCAACGCGACUACGGCAGCAGGAUGGGGAGCUCCUUCAUAAGCUGCAGGCCCAACGGGUAUGCCGCCACCAGCCUCACCGGCGGCCCAGCCCGGGAGACGGACGCCGACCCCUCGGCCUCCACGGGCACCUCGACCGGCAGCUCCACCCUUCGGGCUCCCGCGGCCGACAGGAGCUGCUACCCUCUUGUUUACCGGGAGCUGGACCCCGCAGCUGUGAAGAAUGGAUCGGGCCUCCCCUGCUGCCCGCCUGCGGCCCCGGAGCUUCAGCCCGUACACGGGCCGCCCUCCGUGACCGUGGUCCCCGUGCCGCUCCCCCGCUCCAGCUGGCUGCGUCAUCAUCAAAAGGAUUUCCAGAGCCCUUACGUCAAGACCAGCAUGCAGGGGGAUGUUUACAACUUCCUAGAGAGGCCUGCGGGAGUGAAGUGCUUCCUCUACCACUUCCUCGUAUUCGUCAUGGUCCUGGUGUGUCUGAUCUUCAGUGUCCUGUCUACUAUAGAGCAGUAUGCAGAAUUUGCCACAGGAACCCUCUUCUGGAUGGAAAUUGUGCUGGUGCUGUUCUUUGGCACGGAGUAUGUGGUCCGGCUGUGGUCGGCAGGCUGCCGCAGCAAAUAUGCAGGCAUCAAGGGACGCCUCUGCUUUAUCAGGAAGCCCAUAUCAAUCAUAGAUCUGAUCGUGGUCAUUGCCUCGAUCAUUGUGCUUGGCGUAGGUUCUAAUGGCCAAGUGUUUGCCACGUCUGCCAUCAGGGGCAUCCGCUUCCUCCAAAUCCUGCGCAUGCUACAUGUGGAUCGACAGGGAGGAACAUGGAGGCUCCUGGGAUCUGUUGUCUUUAUUCAUCGACAAGAGCUGAUCACCACCCUGUACAUCGGAUUCCUGGGCCUGAUAUUUUCCUCCUACUUUGUCUACUUGGCGGAGAAGGACGCUGUGGAUGAAGAGGGCAAGACGGGCUUCUCCAGCUACGCCGAUGCCCUGUGGUGGGGCGUGGUGACUGUUACCACCAUCGGCUACGGAGACAAAAUCCCUCAAACGUGGAUCGGCAAGGCCAUCGCCUCCUGCUUCAGCGUGUUCGCCAUCUCCUUCUUCGCUCUGCCUGCUGGUAUCCUGGGCUCGGGGUUCGCUCUGAAAGUCCAACAGAAGCAAAGACAGAAGCACUUCAACAGACAGAUCCCUGCGGCAGCUUGCCUCAUCCAGACGCUUUGGAGGUGCUAUGCAGCAGAGAAACCAGACAGCGGUUCUUCCACGUGGAAAAUGUAUGUUCUGACUCCAGAGAGCGUCCCCACGGUGGAACCGGACACCUUCAUCCCGCACGUCAGGAUACUCAACAUAUCGAAAAGGGGGACCAAGAGGAGGUUGAAGCCCAGAGGUAGCGGCUCUAUGGGCGUAGCCUCGGACAGGGCCGUAUCGAUCCCCCAGAUCACCCUCGAUCGCAUCGAUGACUCCGAGGAGAAGAAAGAUGCCUCUUUUUUACUGAAAAAGCCAAGAGGCGCGGAUGAAGGUAUCCCCGAGAUGUUUACACAAACAGGCCGCCCUGAACAUUCUUGGUCGUCUUUCACUCUGAGCUGCCCUGGUUCCCCAGUGAGGCGGACUCAGGAUGACAGCACCUCCGUCAACAUCUCCCGAGCCAACAGCAUCACCGAUGAGCUGGACUACAUGACUGAGAACAUUCCCCUUCCAGUGGUGGAGGCUAAGUUGUCCCAUGAGCAGAGGUCGGCUGUGAAAGUCCUCCGCAGAAUGCAGUACUUUGUGGCCAGGAAGAAAUUCCAGCAAGCGCGGAAGCCCUACGAUGUGCGAGACGUAAUCGAGCAAUAUUCCCAGGGUCACCUCAACAUGAUGGUCCGCAUCAAGGAGCUGCAGAGGAGGCUCGACGGCACGCUGGGGAAGCCGGGAAUGUUUCUUCCAGGAAAAGGAGAAGAUAAAGAAUUCCCGACUAUUGGAGCGCGGCUGAUCCGGCUGGAAGAAAAGGUGCACAAAAUGGACCAGAAUAUGAACUCUAUUCUGCGGAUCCUGGUGGAGCAGUUCCCGCCGAAGCCGGAGCUCACGUACAAGCCCUCCAUGCGCAGGGUGACCAUCCAGAAACGCAUGGGGGCCAGCGUGGACGACGAGCUCUAGAGGCCGCGGUCGCGCCGCGAUGGCGUCGUCGUCGCCGAAGGGGAAUUACGGGGGCAGCGCAGUCGCCACAUGUGGUGGUCCUGCCUGCACAUUAUUUCUCUCCGUCCGCCAAAAGCAUCUCUUUCAUUUGCAAUCCAAGAUAUUUCUCAUUGACUUUUAAAGACUUUCAUUGCUCCAGGACAGUGUGGGAUUCGUUUCCCCUCAAUGGCUCUUUUCCAUGUUGACAAAAUGUUGCUGUUCUCUACUACACAAGCGUUGUGCGCCCUGAGUCACUCACAUGGCUUCAUCGGCCAGUGAUCGCUUCAGUUGGACCGUCUUAAUUUAUGCGUGUCCCGUUACUGAGCUGCAUUCCAAAGCUCACUAACCCAGUGAUAGAAGCGGCGGUGCUAUCUGAGCCCCCAAAAAGUCCAGCCAUGGCGGAGGCAUUCCUCACAUCCUUCUGGUUAUCUUGGCACCAUCCGCGCCCAGCACACAACAGGCUUAUUUCCACAGCCACACAUCCAUCAGGACUAACUGUACUCAGGCUGCAGUGGCUGUUUGUUUGCAGUGAUCGAAUAACACAAGGAGGGAAGGGCCGGCUAUCUGAGAGGGCUGGAGUGAAAGAAAUGGAACCAAAGACAUGUGUCUGGGGCGAGCGGCGAACACGCUGCUGAUUUACAGCUGCAUUAAAGCUUAUGAAAAUAAGCAAACUGCCGUGGCAGCGGUGGAGCUGCGUCCGGGGCGAAGGGGCGGCCUCUCGCUUCGCUCCCAGCUUUGCACUGAUAGUUCUGGUGCGUGUGUCAAUCGCAAACCCUUUUAGCAGCACCAGUGCUCACUCCACCCUGCUUAAUAUCCUCUAUUACCUCACGCCGAUGUGUGCAAUUGGAAAUACAUUUGCCCCAUUAAAGCUUUGAUUAUUGCUAAUGUAGUGCUGGUUCCCCGGUAAAGGGAGAUUACUCAUUGUGAGCAACUAAGGAAAAGAACGAGUGGAAAAUGUGCAGAAUGUCGACAGUAGGCUUUAAGGGGCCGGCGCUCUAACUGUGUGCGAAGGGAUACGAGCACACGUUAGAAAUGAAAAGACAACCUUUCGUUUGUUCCUGUACUCAUGUUUCUGACGCAUGUAGAGAGUAGAAAAUAGAAAAUAGCUUCACUACUAUUAGCCCCCCCACCCCCCACCAAAGAGAGAGAUACUCACACAAAAUAGGGUUGAACAAGGAAAGGGGAAAGAAGAAUACUAUUGCAUUCUCUUAGCACUAGUAUAUUUUUCAUACUCUUGCCGUAUCUAUUAUUAAUCUCACAUUGAAUAAAGGCUUUUUAUUUUAAAGGUACUGUAGUUAUGUGACUGUCUAUUGUGCUGUACAGUUUUAUACGAGUUGUAAAUAGAAACAUUGCCUUAUUGUAUACUGUAUUUAUUACCACAUGGAAAUAUUAACCUGCUUGUUGGGGCAAUGUGAAACAGAGGGAUGUCGACACACAUCGUCUGCACUGUAGCUCUGUAAAUAAUAAAAAACUCCAUUUCAUUA